AUGGAUUUUGUCCUUCUCCUCUCUCCACACAAUCUACUGUAUCAGUUGCCUGUAAACAACAUCCCAGCAACAACAACAGCAACUGUUCUUCCAGCUCCUCCACCCCACAGCUGCGCUCCAAAAAAGCAUCAAACCAAACAGGGUAAAGACCAGGCUUACAUUAAGAAGCCCCCAAAUGCCUUCAUGCUGUACCUUAAAGAGCAGAGGCCAAAGGUCAAAGCACAGCUAAAUAUCAGUGACAGUGCAGCUGUGAAUGCAGCUGUGGGAGAGAGAUGGAAGUCGCUCUCAAAGAAGGAGCAGAAAAUAUAUUUUUCUGAAUCAGUGUGAAGCCGUCUCCCCACACAGCCUCAGCAUCAUUCCUCUCGCCAGGUAAUCCCUGCACUGGUCUUCAAGAAAAUCAGACCAACCCUUCUUCUCAAUGAUUCAUCUGCAUUAUUGGCCUCCUCUGCUGCACCCAUUGCUCUCCAGACAGAGGCCUCCCUCUUCAGGGACGUUAAAGAAGAUCCUCUAUAAAUGCUUGAACGUCUUGAUCUCCUCCCUGUUACUCCACAGUCUCAGCAGCCCUCUUCUCGUCAUUCAG